AUGGAGAAUGCAGUUCCAGAGUUCGCUCGUCGUUUGUACAAAGAAUGGCGUGAUUUUUCACGUGAACCAGUUGAAGGAAUCCAUUUAAUUCUUAACGAGCAAAAUAUGACAGAAGCUCAAGUCUUACUUGAUGGACCCGUAGGCACUCCUUAUGAUGGUGGAAAAUUCCGUCUGAAGAUUUUGAUUCCGAUUCAGUACCCAAUAGAACCUCCAAAAGCAUACUUCUGCACGAAAAUAUUCCAUCCAAAUAUAGCACCAAAUACUGGAGAGGUUUGCGUGAAUACGCUGAAGAAAGAUUGGAAAUCCAAUUUAGGGCUUCGACAUAUACUUCUAACAAUAAGAUGUUUGUUGAUAGAACCUAAUCCAGAAUCAGCUCUCAAUGAAGAAGCUGGGAAGUUGUUAUUAGAAGAUUACAGUGAGUUUGUAGCAGAAGCUCGGCUCCACACAGAAGUACAUGCCCACUGGCAUAUUCGAGAGCAAACGAAAAACAGCAGUCAAAAGUCUCAGUCAGAGGAACUGAAAAGUGUCGAUAUGUCAGGCAAUUCAAUCGAUGCACACCCACAUUCUAAAGUGGCACAACGCAAUACCUCAUCCUUUCGUAAAGCGCUCAAACGGUUGUAA